AUGGUGAAAAAUAAGUGGAAAAAUCAAAAUAUUAAAUCAGAAUUUGAUGAUAUCACAAUAAUAAAAGAAAGAAAACCAACAACAUUACAAACUCUUAUUGUUACAAUUAUAUUAUGUUGUUUAACAAUCAUAUUCAUGAUUGUUGGAAUGAGUUUAAAAUUGGCUUAUGGUCCAUCAUUAUAUUAUAGAGAUGAAAAUUAUUGGCUUGCAGCAAUUGGUCUAAGUCUAGUAGCAAUAUCUUUUCCGCUUGGAAUUACAGCAACCUGUUUAUUGAAUACAUUAUGCCGUAUUAAACGUUAUGUUGAAUACAUUGAAGCACGUAAACAAAUGUUAGAAAGUCAGGUUACUGAAACUAAUCCGGAUAAAGUUGUUUACAAGUAA